AUGCGGCGUUUGAUACACCAGAGAUGGACCGGUUUUGGCCUUCUUGUAAUGGGUCUUAUGGCCUUAGUACUGUUCCUUUAUGGAUUUUUUCCACUUAAGUAUCAUUCCGGAAAACUAUCACAUUUGGAUGAUCUUCCGAACUUCAUUGAUGGUAUCAGUAUUGAUGGUCAUCAAGUAUACAAUUCGGGUGAAAACACAGUAGUUUUAAUGGUGAUUGAUGGUCUACGGUAUGACUUUCUUACUGAAGAGUACAUGCCGUAUGCUGGCCAGUUGCUGAAGAAUAAAUCAGCAUGCAUAUACAUUUCUAGAGCUGAACCACCAACAGUCACCAUGCCAAGGAUUAAGUCACCAGAGCGAAAAAAGGAAAAGGCACAGUGGAGGCGCACUAUAAACUUCUGGAGAGAUAUCUUUGCUAUGAUGACAGGCAGUGUAUCGACAUUCGCUGACGUAGCACUCAACUUUGGCGCGCCCGCUGUACGCGGGGACAGCGUGUUGCGUGUUGCUAACUCUAGAGGGCGCAAGUCUAUCAUGUACGGAGAUGAUACAUGGCUGCGUUUGUUCCCGGGGCUGUGGACCGAGUAUGACGGAACCACAUCGUUUUUUGUCACCGAUUAUACUGAGGUAGAUAAUAAUGUUACUAGACAUCUAGACAAAGUGCUAACUCCUGAUGAGAAGAAAAAGCCAACAUUCGACUUUCUUGUCCUGCACUAUUUGGGACUAGAUCAUAUUGGACAUUUGGAAGGCGCAAGAAGUUCCAAGAUUAAGCCCAAGUUACUGGAAAUGGAUGAAAUCGUGAAGAAAAUCUUUACGGCUAUGCAAAAGUGGGAUCGCAACGGGGUGCUACUGGUAUGCGGUGAUCACGGCAUGCGUGACGCAGGCGGCCACGGCGGGUCCAGCCCAAGCGAAGUUCUGGUGCCGCUCCUCGUGGCCAAGAGCAGUGACUUCUCGUGUCCCCACCCGUUGGGUCCUGGCCCCACGGUAGCUCAGGUAGACGUGGCUCCAACGAUAUCGUGGUUGUUGGGAGGCCCUCCCCCAGGUGACAGCGUGGGACGUAUCCUUCCGGCUCUAUUGCCCCAGGACACACGCCAGCAUCUUUACUUAUUACACGUAAUGGCUGACCACAAUUCUAAGCAGUCCCUUCCCACAGAUACGGAAUUCUACAAGCAAUUUAAACGCGCCGAGAAACAAUUCGCCCACUUCUUAGCUACCGGCCAACAGAGUGCCGCUAAGAUCUCUAAAGAAUUUUACGAGGAAUCACUACAGAAGAUGACUGAAUACCUCUCCGAAACUACGGUUAACUUCGACAUGUUCGCUAUUGGGAUUGCUAUUUUACUUUUGUAUUUGAUUGCCACAUCACUCCUCUACGUCACUCUGUACUCUUUACAAUCGGACUGCGGACAGAAUACCAAUAGCAAACUCACGCGCCAUCAUUAUAGUUACUAUGGCUUAAUCAUCGCCUUUUUCGUCAUUUUCUUUAUAUUCGAAGCUAUGAUGGUCACUCUAUGUUUUAUUACCGAAACUAAGAGCCAGAUAUGUUCCUUUAGCUCCUUAACAUCAAUUCCUUUCACAAUUAUUGUCCUGUUUUUUACCGUAACUUAUUACGUCAUAAAAACAGGCGUUGAAAAGAUAAAAGACUUAAGUUGUCUAAACGAUCUUAACACAAUAGACUAUUUGUUAAUUGGUGGUACGAUAUUCCAUGGGAUUUCAUUCUUUGGAACGAGUUUUAUUGAAGAAGAACACAUGACUUGGUACUUCUUUUGGAACACACUCAUGUUCUUUGUGUUAGUGAGAACUUUGGUGAUAGUGAUCAUGUAUUUGACAAGGAAGUUGAUUGGGGCGACUGAGGUGCAAGAUAAACCGGAGCUAGAUCGGAGAAUGACGACUGUGGGUGUCACAAUUGUGCCCAAAUGGUUGUUGCUCAUUGCUUUGCAUAGAUAUCUGCGAACAAUGAACCAAACAGGCGAUCGUUGGUUGUUCCUACCGGACACAGCAGACUGGUUGAACGCACCAGAAAAUGCUUUUUACCUUCAAGCUCAUUUAGUUGUAGGUACUUUAAGUACUCUUGUAGCGUGCCUAUACAAUCUGCGCUAUAUGAACAACAUACUAAAUAUACACACAGUAUUAACAAUAGCAGCCACAGCUUCUAUAUUCUGUUACCGAAUCGCUUCCCAAGCCCUAGAAUCCCCAUUCGAAGACAUCAAAACAUGGGAUCCUGUUAACAUAGUGAACGUCUUUUGGGCUAUAUUAAUAAUACAAUUUGUAUUCGAAAUCCUUUCCUACAUAGGAGCGUUAAGAUAUUGUGGUUUUCAGCCGCUAGACACCCAAACACCCGAGUCUAAAAGGUUUGUAUAUAACAAACCUAAAGCCAAAACUGAGGAUUAUUUUUAUGAUCCAAUGAUGGAGGAACCGUGGAACGUUGACGAGGUUAAAUUAAACCUAGUGCGGUCAGCUUCGCACCUUAUGUUGAACAAUAUGAUGUUGAUAGUUAUUUUAUUAAUGAGACCACACAAUGUCAUACUGGUGCCGAGUAUAUAUCUAACUUGUGUGUUGACGUCAAAGUGCAUGGAUCACAAGUUAUUGGAUUCAAAGUCUGGGAGAAAGACUGAUGUGGUAGAUAUUAUUAGUAGGACUUUAGUGCACAUGUGGAUCGGCAUGUUGUUCUACUUCUAUCAGGGCAACUCGAACAGUCUGGCGUCGGUGGAGCUGGGCUCGGGCUACGUGGGGCUGCGCGAGUACUGCCCGGCGCGCGUGGCCGCUCGCAUGGGGCUGCACGCCUACGCCGGGCCCGCCCUCGCAAGCGCCGCGCUCUUCGCCGGGCUCGCCGCUCACGCGCCCCACUGGCACCUGUACUUACAACAAAUAUGGCGAGCAACAAACAUCCUCGCUCUGCACAGAGUAUGGUCUCUAUUUAUAUAUUCUAUAGUAGCAACAGUCUUCCGACACCAUCUGUUCGUAUGGUCAGUGUUUUCACCAAAACUGCUGUACGAUUUUGUAGCAACAGUAUUCAGUGUCCAAGCCAUCGGUACUAUUGCCCAAAUUGAACUUUUAGCACAUAUUUCUAAUUGGCUAGCCAGAAUAUGCAUAUAUAGGACGAAACUAUGA